AUGAUUGUGCAUGGAAUUUUCAUGUUGGGGUCUUCUUUUGUAAAGUGUUGUAAAAUAAAAACUCUGACAUCAAUAUCACUGAGACAAAGUCAUUAUUGUCUUUUAGAAUCGACAAAAAGAGUAGUUGUCUUGGGAAAAACUGGAGCUGGGAAGAGCAGCCUGGUUAACACCAUUUUUGAAGAGACUGUGUUCAAGACAGACAGUUCAGCCAAAUCCGGUACGACAGAAUGCCAAGCAGAAAACAAAUGUGUCAAUGGCAGACGGAUUAUGUGGAUCGACACUCCUGGGUUCUUCGACACAGACAGAGCUCAGGAGGAGAUGAAGCCUGAAAUACUCAGGUGUAUCAUAGAGUGCGCUCCUGGGCCUCAUGUUUUUCUCAUCCUGCUUAAAGUGGAGAAAUUCACCAAGCACGAACAGGAAGUCAUUGACGAGAUACAAAAGUAUUUCUCAGAGGAGGCUUUAAAAUUUGCCAUAGUUGUCUUUUCUCAUGGCGACCAGCUCCCUGAGGAAAUGAAGAUCGAGGAGUUUGUCGAACAAUGUGAAUAUCUGAGGGACCUGGUGAAGAAGUGUGGAGGCCGGUGCCACGUCGUUGACAAUAAAUACUGGAAGACCAAAGAGCAGGAUGAAUACAGGGCCAACCAGUUCCAGGUGGAAGAGCUUCUUAAAACAAUAGAUAAACUUAUUGAAGAGAACAAAGGAGGCUGUUUUACCACUGAGAGGAUACAAGCAGCGGUAAGAGACAAACAACAAGAACAAGAGAACAUCAGACGAUCAUCUGCAAACAAGUCAACUAAGGAGAUCAUACACAUGGCUAAAACCGAAGUGUUGGCAAAGCAUAUGUUUAAAUUUGCAGAUGUUACAACAGGAGCACUGUUGGGAGCCUUUAUUGGUGGAGCAAUGAAAUUAAUGAGGCAAGGGACACCAACAGCAGCAUUGGUAGCAGGCGUAGCAAUAGGAACAGCUGCAGGAGUAUUAGCAGGGGUUGCUGCAACAAGUGGGGCAACAGCAGAGGAACCGACUUCACCUGGUGAUGCUGUGGAGAAAUAA